AUGAAGCUUCGCAGAAUCAGCAUCACGAAAUCCUUACGUUUAUAUGACAGCCCCUCCAAGGUGCAGGUGGCCCAGGACAGAAUACCCCAGAGGCACCUGGGUGCUGCAUUCGAUGCACUUUCAGAGUCCAAGAAUUACAGUCCAAAUAGCUCGAUGUCCAGUAACCUUUCUGUUUCUUCAAUGUCCCCACGCCAGUUCUGCCAGGCCACCACCAGAGCCGGCCAGCCAUGCCGAAACAAAAGCCAGCAGCGGCCAGGAGUUUUGCCGGGUUCACUCUUCAGGGCAAACGUCCUACACAGCACAGUG